AUGGCCGACGUCGCUCCCUCCACGCCCCCGGUCUCCGCCGCCACAGUUAACCUUGUCCGCACCUCAGCCAAGAGGACACGAGAGGUCUUCGCUGCCGAUUUUGCCUCACCCUCCGCCCUCGAAAAUGCCUCAACCGCCGCCUUCUCCAUCGCCCCCUCCACAACCUCGCCGGCCGAGCUUGCUGACCACGAGUCCGUCGCCACCCGCAUACGGAAUGAGUAUCACGACCUGAAGGAGCUUCCGUCUGCAUUGGCUGCCAAGCAGGCCAGCGCAGCUGCCUCGGCCGCCGCCCGUCGGAAAAAGGCCAAGCAGGCGUCGGCCGAGGACCAGCCCUCCGACCCGAAGAUGGUGAAGAUGAUCGAGGGCAUUUCGGCCAAGGACGAGGAGCGCAAGAACGCCGCUGCCGCCUCGACGGCCUUGACGGUGCGGGGCAAGGGCAACCCGCUGCCGCCCAACGCCAACGGCCCCACGCCCCAGCGCGACCUGCCGGGGAACAGCUUGGUGCGGCGGGAGGUGCUACGCCAGCCCAAGCCCGACUGGCAUGCUCCUUGGAAGCUGAUGCGCGUCAUCUCCGGUCAUUUGGGCUGGGUGCGCGCGCUGGCCGUCGAGCCCAACAACCAGUGGUUCGCAAGUGGUGCCGGAGACCGCACCAUCAAGAUCUGGGACAUAGCUUCAGGCAACCUGAAGCUCACUUUGACCGGCCACAUCUCGACCGUUCGCGGCUUGGCCGUGUCGCCCAGGCACCCCUACCUCUUCUCGUGUGGUGAAGACAAGAAGGUAAAAUGCUGGGAUCUAGAGACGAACAAGGUCAUCCGCGAUUAUCACGGCCAUCUCAGCGGUGUCUACACUCUGAGCCUUCAUCCCACAUUAGAUGUCUUGGUUACCGGUGGCCGCGACGGUGUGGCCCGCGUCUGGGAUAUGCGCACGCGCAGCAACAUCCACGUGCUGGCCGGCCACAAGGGGACAGUCUGCGACGUCAAGUGCCAGGAAGCGGAUCCCCAGGUCAUCUCCGCGUCGCUCGACUCCACAGUCCGCAUGUGGGACCUGGCCGCCGGCAAGACCAUGGGCGUGCUGACGCACCACAAGAAGGGGGUGCGCGCCCUGACGACGCACCCGAAGGAGUUCACGUUCGCGUCGGGCAGCUCGGGCUCCAUCAAGCAGUGGAAGUGCCCGGAGGGCGCCUUCAUGCAGAACUUCGACGGCCACAACUCCAUCAUCAACACGCUCGCCGUCAACGAGGACAACGUGCUCUUCUCCGGCGGCGACAACGGCUCCGUCUCCUUCUGGGACUGGAAGACGGGCCACCGCUUCCAGAGCCUCGACUCGGUCGCCCAGCCGGGUUCGCUCGACGCCGAGGCCGGCAUCAUGAGCAGCACCUUCGACCUCACCGGCCUGCGCCUCAUCACGGGCGAGGCCGACAAGACCAUCAAGGUGUGGAAGCCCGACGAGAACGCCACGCCCGACACGCAUCCUCUGGAUUGGAAGCCCACACUUGGAAGACAGAAGUUCUAA